AUGAGUGAGCAAGAGGAUAUUCAUCAACAAGUAGAAAAAUUCUGCUUUCAAGCAACUGAGGCAAUUAACUCUAAUAAUUUAAAGUCAGCCUUUGAAUUUGUUAGUAAAGCUAAAAAUUGUAUGCCCUCAGACUCUUGGACAAAUGAAUCGUUCUAUGAACAAGUUUUAAACGUUAAUCUUUUAUAUGCCGAGUGCGAGUACAUCUCUGGCAAUCAUUCAUCAGCAAUAGAAAUAUAUCAAAGUAUUCUGCCCAACAUUGUGGAUAAUGUAGACAGGCUGAAAGUCAGAUUUUUACUGCUAAAAUCAUCAUCAGCAUCAUCCAAGUAUGAAAUUAUGUAUGACGAAUUUAUUGACUUGCUGGCGUCAAAUCCCUCAACACAUUGUCUAGUUGCUAAUGGUGAUGCCUUUACCGAAAAAUGGAUAGAGUCAACAACAAUACAAAUCAAGGAAAGCCUUGAAUCAUAUUCAACACUUAGUGAUGUAUUACAAAUGAAAGAAUGUGAGGAUGAAGAAUCUGUAGCAUUUGCUAGAUGUUUAUUGGAAUGUAUUCAAGGAGUGUACAUAGGAAAAAACUCCAACAAAAUCUUUCUCUUUGUAACCCCACUUUUAUUGUUCAAAUCAAUGCUAGAAGAUGGAUUGUACAUGGAUUUAACUCAUACCAUCUUAACAGCUCUAGGAUGGCAAUUUUCUUAUUUGGAUGACCCAAAACUAGGAAGCGACUUGUCAGAGGUUGGUAGUACCUUAGCAAAAGAGCAUCACUCUACAGAAGCAAAUUUUGCCCUCACAAAGUUUUUCGAAUUGUGUAUAACGGCUUGUACAGGCGGUCUAGAUGAUGUUUUGAAGGUUUCGUAUGAUGCUUUCAAAAUUGCAGAAACAGUUGAGGAAAUUUCUUGGGGUGCUCAAAGUGGUUUUUGGCUUGGAUUGACAAGUAUUUUAAAAGGUUUUGAUAAGGAUUCGAAUGAAAAUCAUUUGGAGGAAAUCAAGACAUUCAACAGAAAAUGUAGUAGAGAAUUCGAGAGUGAUUUACUGGCUUGUAUUGAACAAAUUCCAUUGUUUUUAUAUGGAGCAACUGAGAAUUUUUCCCCUAGUUUCAUGCUUGACGGUUUUGAAGAGAUAACCUUCUCAAGAUUAAUAGUCUUCUUUACAAAAGCUUUAAUUCAUUUUUUCAAGGGUCAAUAUCAGGAAGCAGCUGAGCAAAUCAAUGAAUCUGAUGAUGUGAUAGAUGACUGCUUUGGUACACCGUUUUACAUGUUCUACAAGUGGUUUUCCUUCAUUAUUUUAUCCUCCUUCUAUGAAAAAUAUGAUGAUAUAAUGGCAACCAAAAACCAGAAAAAGUCCAAACUUUCAAUAAUGGAAGUAAUGCUUGGUCCCAAUGCCAAAGCUCCAAAAACAAUGAAAGAAAAGACAUUGGAAAGAAUUUUAGAGCACGAAAAGGAUAUUCUUGACUUGCAUGCCAAGUAUCCUCAUUUGAUGGCAGCUGCUAGAUCCAUGUGUUCAGCAGAAGUCACUAAAUUGCACAAUGGAGAUAAGGAUGAAGUGAUUGAGCUUUAUGUCAAUGCGUAUGAAGUUUCUGUGAAUCAGAAUAUGCACCUCUAUGCUGGUUUGAUCCAAAAUAGACUGUGUGACUUUUGUGUCUCAAAUGAAAUAGAGACAAAGUUCAUCAAAUCAUACGCAGAAAAUGCAAUUAAGACAUGGAAGAUGUGUGGUGCUCAUGCAAUGGUUUCCAAAUUGAAUGAGCAAUAUAAGGAUGUACUGACGUUGGAGGUUGGAGAUUCUCCAGAGUUUGAAAAUAUUGUUCCUAUUGACUCGAUACCACUGUCCAUUGUUCUAUCUAAGCAAACUCAAAGUUUCCUUUCAUUCUCUAAUUGUGAUAGAUUGGGAAUAUUUGUAAAAGAGCCAAACACUAAGGAAUUCAUUUUAUUGUGCGAAAAAGAAAAGGGACACGAGGUAGAAAUUUUCGACGAGUUGGAACUCUCCCAAGCAGAUUUCAAGUUUAGCAUCAAGUCCCUUAAGAUUUGUCUAAAUUGCAAGAAUCCUGUAAUUAUCUCUAAUGCUGCUGGAAGUGACUAUACAAGAAAUCAAGUUUCUGAUUGUGAGUAUCUGCAGCAAAACAAAAAUGUAAAAGAACAAAUGAUUAUUCCACUGAUUGGAGAAUCAAUACUGAGAGGAGCCAUAGUUUUUGAGUCAUCUGUUGAAGAAACAUUCAAUAAGAACAUGCUCAAUAAUACCAAGGCCCUUGUUGAUACGCUUAUUGAUGGGUUGAUAAUACAGAAUGAACAAUUUAGAGCCCAAAGAAAGCUUGUUCCAUUGGAAUCUCUAAAACAAUUAGGCAAGGAUGCAGGAAGUGUACAGUUAGGAGAUCAUGCCAUCAAGAACGCUACCAUUAUGUGUUUGGAAUUGAGAAACUUUACGGAAAUAAUAGAAUCAGGACUAAGCUUUGUAAACUUGUUAAUAGGGACAAUAUCUCCAAUAAUAGAAAACCUAGGUGGAUUUAUAGAAAAUUGUACAGGGCCAAAAAUUGUGGCAGUUUUUACUAAUUCUUCAUCGAAGGCAGUAAGCGCCUCUUUGGAUAUUGUAAAAGCUUUGAGAGAUUUGGGCAAAAAUGUUAAUUCAAAGACAACUCCUUCAAUAGGUAUUGGUAUCCAUUCAGGUAGUUGUUCUUUUGGAGUGGUAGGAUCUUCUCAAAUGUUUUCCAUCAUGUAUUCCGAAUCAUUUUCAAUGUGUUUGGAACUUACCAAACUUUCAAACAGCUUGGGAGCUAUUGUUGUUUUGACUCAAGAUGUUCUCGAUAGUCUAAAUGCUCAAGAGUUGAAAUUUAAAUCAAGAAAGCUAGGGAAAUUUAUUUUUGAAAACAAAAAGACCCAUCCUUAUUCACUCUUUGAAAUUUCAGGACCUGAUUGGAUUGAAUACAGCAAUGAUAUUUCAAAGAAUAUUUCUCAACAAGUUGAGGAGUGUAUUGACUUUUUUUCAAAGAAGAAGUUUGACAAGGUUUUAACCAUCACAGAGGGUUUAGAAAAGACAGUUAGGGACAAGUUUGAUAAUAAUCCUUCACUCUUAGGAUCCCUCCCUCAUCUCAAACUAAUUCAAAUGUACAGAGAUCAAAGUAAGCGAAAUAUGAGUGUGACCUCUUUGCUGGGUGAUUGGUGCGGAGAAAUUAGCAUUGAUCAUUCCGGUAAUCCACAACAUUUAUUCGAGCAAUCUAUAACAUCUGAACAAGUACAGGUAACCCCAAAGGCAAAUGAAGUGAAUGAAGACAUUGAAAAGAAGCUGAGAAGUUUACAAACUCAAUUGGAACAACUAAAGUCAGAAAAUGAAAACUUGAGAUCUAUUGCCAAGAAUGAAGACUCAGGGAUGGGAUGUUUUUGUAUGCCUAGCAGGAAGAAGAUACAUCCAACUAAUAAAUAACAAGUAAUUAUUUCU